UAUGAUGCUAAGGCUGGGAUUGGCAUGCCUGAUCUGUAGAUUCACUACUAAGGGGAAUUAAGUGAGCUCCAGUUCUGCUGUUAGGGCAAUUGAGCAGACCUACUCGGAGGAUUUAGAGAAGAAGGAGACAGAGAGGCAAUGGGAUGGAAGGCAGCAGAAAAGCUGAUAAAAAAAUGGAAGAUCUUGAGAGGAGAUAACGUGAUGAUCAUAAGAGGCAAGGACAAGGGCGAAACGGGCAACAUCAAGCGUGUUAUUCGCUCCCAGAACCGUGUUAUUGUGGAAGGAAAAAAUCUGGUAAAGAAGCACGUCAAACAAGGACAAGGACAUGAAGGAGGAAUAUUCUCAGUUGAAGCUCCACUUCAUGUCUCAAAUGUUCAAGUUAUUGAUCCAGUGACUGGGAGGCCUUGUAAAAUUGGAUUUCGUUUUAUGGAAGAUGGAACCAAGGUAAGAGUUUCUAGAGGACAAGAAGCUUCGGGCUCUAUAAUCCCCCGUCCGGAGAUAUUGAAAUUGAGGAGAAAGCCGCGACCCACGGAACCUGGCCCAAAAGACACACCCAUUGAUGUUGUGCUUGAGAAAACUUAUGAUGCUAAGGCUGGGAUUGGCAUGCCUGAUCUGUAGAUUCACUACCAAGGUGGAAACUUGUCAUCAUUUCUUAGAUGCAAUUUGAGCUCUGAAGAAUUUUCAUGCAGAUGGAAUCAUAUUGACUCU